AUGCAGAAGGCAGAGAGAAAGCCCGAAAGACCGGUAAAAGUUCCUGAAAAAAGUGCCCCGAAGACAGGAAAUCGAGGCUGGGAACAUCCUAGUGUUCGUCAGCUUCAAGGAUUGCCGCACACAGUACCCCCACCUCAGCAGCAACCUCAACAGCCUCGCGUUCGACAAGUUCGACAGCAGUUAGCCCGGCAAGUUCGAGAGCCUCAAAAACAAAAACCGCAAGUAAAUACGGAAGUGAGUAUUGCCCAAGAAUUGAAGAAACCUGAAAAAUGUCUCACGCUGGAAGAAAUACUGGAAUAUAUUACCUGUGAAACUACUACAAACAAGCAGCAAACGGCACUCGUAGAUGAAUUCAUAAAUGGAUCAAAGCCAUACGACCACGACUCCCUAGAAAACUGUAUUCGGCAGAUAGUCGACGCAUGCGUUAAAAAGCCUCAAUUUGCACCAAUCUACACCAAGUUCUGCAUCAACAUGCACUUCAAGCUCGAUCAUUUCGGUUUCGUUACUGGCGAAAAUGACAAGUACGUCUGUAUAAGCGUGAAACAAGCAAUGGCAGAAAAUAUCAAAUUGAGAGGAUUCCGCGAAAUCCUAGUCGAUCUUCUGGUAAAAAACUUUUACGGAGAAAACAGACAGCUCGGCGUUGUUAGCCUACACUGUCAACGACCGCCUCGCCAAAGGCCCUUCAGCGGAUACAAUUUUUAUACCAAUCGAUCCGUCACAGAUGGAUACCGAACGGAAAUUUGGGCGGAGGAUCCUGGAAGGAUUGCAAAGCUUUAUCCCACAAAUACUGAAGGCGCGAAAACUCGAAGAAAACCUAGUUGCUGA